GUUGUCAUCAUGCCUUUACAGCCGCCUCUGGCGUCUUCAUCGAGUAUGUGAACACACGGGCAACCAACGGCCAGACAGCGGUGUUCAUGGCCGCAGCCGAGGGCCACACGGACGUCGUGAAGCUCCUUGCGACCGCCCGCGCGAACAUAAACGUCAAGGACGCAUCAGGCCUCACGCCGCUCCUCGCCGCCGUUUCAAACGAUAAACCAGCGACGGCCAUGGCGCUCAUUAGAAAGGGGGGAGCAGUCCAUGUAACAGAUGCCUCUGGGCAGUCUUGCCUUCACCUUGCCUCCGCUCAGGGCUCUAUUGUGCUAGUUUCCAUGCUGUUACGCUUUGGUGCGCUCAACCGUCGCAACGUGGAACAGAAGACGGCCUUAUAUCUAGCAGCUGAGCACGGUCACCACAAAUGUCUGGAGAUGUUGGCCGCUGCAGGCGCAAACGUUGAGAUCCAAGCGACGGACGGCAGCACUGCCCUGAUAGCCGCCACGGAGGCUCAGUCGGAGCCAUGUGUCGAUGCGCUGCUGAAACACGGAGCCGAUCCAAAUGUGGUAUGCCGCGAAUACUGGCCUCCGCUCGCCAUCCAUGCUGCCGCUGGGGGGGGCAACAUCAACAUCCUGCGGCGGCUGGCGGCGGUGACGCGGCGGAGGCUGGGCAGCAGGGGGGUGGUGAGCCCCUUGUUCUUUGCGCUGGAGAAGCCCGAGAUGCUGGAGGUCCUGCUGAAGGAGGGCUUCAGCCCCGAUGCCGGCCGGGCAGACUGGGAUUGCGAGGACGAUUACGACGCAGAUUCCCCGCUGGGCCAGGUCCUGUACCACAUGGUGAACGAACCAGCGUUGAAUCAUAGUCGGUGCAUGAGCCUCCUGAUGCAGGCGGGGGCGCCCCUGACGGAGGAGUGCUGGCUGCUGAGUCUAUCGGACCCGUGCGUGCUGGACCUGCUGCUGGCCCAGAGGUGUGAGGACCAGGGGAAGGGCCCCGGGGCCCGCCCCCUGCUGUCCGGCGAGGAGCUGGACAUGCUCGUGAGCGUGGCAGAGGAGGACGCCACGGAGGCGGGCUCCUGGCUCCCGGCCCUGCUGGAGAGCGGGCUGGACCCCAACGCUCUGCUGGAGCCCGCCUUUCUGGAGGAAGCCCCCAGCGAGGCGCUCACCUACCUCCUAGAGAUGGUGGACCGGUCCACUCUGGGCCGGCUGCUGAGAGACGUCCUGGAGCAGCGGCAGAAGAUGAAGACCUGGACGCCUCCCGCUCACCUCGAGUGGGUUCCCUCGCUCUUCCACCUGUGUCGGGUGCGGCUGCGGGCCCACCUGGGUCCAGACGUGCUGAUGAGGAGCCCGGCGGUGACCCAGCUGCCCGUUCCUCUUCUUCUCCACGACCACCUGCUGUUUGCAGACAUCAAAGCACCAGGGGACCCCCACUCAGGAUCACCGUCCGACUAAAAACUGGUUCGGUCCGGUUUGGUUAUCCGAUCGAUGGACAUUUUGCAAGUGUAUUUAUCGUGUAGUUUGGUUUGUGUAUACAGUUUUAAAAUGGCUUCUUGUUCAUCUUGUAUCUUAAGAAGUGUUUGAUAAUUAUUUAUUAAAAAGAAAACGUUCUGCCUCAAGAAAAUGUAAAAGUGAAUUCCGGCGGAAAUCGAACCCAUGGGUCUUUAUCGGCUCGAAACCCCAUAAAAUAAGCCCUCCAGACACUUUUUCUUCGUUGAUAAUCGAAUAUACAGCUUGCCCAAAGUUGCCCGGAGCAAUGUAACCGCCGGCAAUAGAGGGCGCUAGGGCGCCGCCCCUCCGUGAAACAUUCACUUGAAUUUAUCUGCCAACUAUGAAUCAACUAUUAUAAAUACAAAAUAAACCAACAAAAAUACAUAGCGUUUAUCCUCGUUUAAUUGUGUGAUAGACCGUACUUGCCACUGCCAGCAACCAUUUAUAUGCGUCUGAACGUCAAUGAUUUGGGCUAGGCUAGCUAUUGGUCAUUCAAAAUAAAGCCCUCCUCCAAGUCAGGGCGUCGGCCACGUUGAGGUCAAUGUAAGCUCAGAAAUGUUUAGCUGUCUAUCAAGCAGAGACAGCUUUUCAUUGGUGCAAGAAAAUUCGCCCUCGGGUCGCACCAGUGUGCGCCCCAGGCCAAUGGUAUCUGUAAGUGCCAUUUUGCCAUAUUGUAAUUUAGACUUAGAUAUUAUUAGGAUUUAGAUAUUAUAUAUUUAGAUUAAUAUUUAGUGAUUGUUUAUUAAUUAUAUUGAUUAACUAAUUGUUUUGCAUAGUUUUGCAUUUUAGUUUAAUAACUGUUUAGUGCACUUGUUUUCAUUGCUUAUAAUUAUUAGAGAUGCAUAGGACAUUGGUUGCUAUAGAGGGUUCUGUUAUGCCGUAGCAUUGAGGGAGAGUAAAACUGCGGGUUUUGUAUCAUUGUGGCAUUUAGUAAAGACGGAGCAAACGCACUGUUUUUCUACCGUCGUUUCAACAGUAAACACGCAUAGA